AUGGUUCCUGCCAGCAGCACCGCCGCCGCCGCCGUGAUUCUCUGGGCUGUUCUUUCUUCAUCCGCCGCCGCGUUCAAUGUCACUCAGAUCCUUGGGCAGCACCCGGAAUACAGUCAAUUCAACGAUCUGCUAUCCAAAACUGGCGUCGCCGGCGAAAUCAACAGCCGGCAGACGAUCACCGUCCUCGCCGUCGGCAACGACGCCGCCGGCGAGAUCUCGUCGAAGGCGGCGGAGGUUCAGAAGAGGAUUCUCAGCACGCACGUGGCGCUCGAUUACUUCGACGCGAUGAAGCUGAACGGGAUCAAAGAUAACGGCACGGUGAUCACAACGCUGUUCCAGACCACCGGCGCCGCCCAGAACCGGCAGGGUUUCAUCACCGUCGGCCACGACGCCACCGGCGCCGUCGCAUUCGGCUCCGCCGCCGCCGGCUCUCCGGUCGACGCCAAAUUGUUGGGCGUCGUAGCAGCGCAGCCGUACAACAUUUCCGUACUCCACAUUUCUCACCCGAUUAUGGCCAACGGAAUCGACGGCAACUGGACGGCGGCGCCUCCCGCUCCCGCCGCCAAAUCGCCGGCGCCAAGCACUGGAAAAACCGUCUCCGAUGCUCCCGCCGCUUCCGACAGUGGUGCAGCCGCGCCGGCGCCGGCUGCUAGCCCCGCCGCCAAAUCCCCGGCAGCGGCGGCGGCUCCGGGCUCGGCUCCGGCACCGUCGCCGGCCGAUGGUCCAGGCGCCGCUGAUGCUCCUUCCGGUAAUGAUUCUCCGGCCGAUCAAGGUAGCUCCGCCGCGAAACAGGUGGUUUCCGGCGCCGCUGCUGUGGCGUCGUUGGUUGUAGCUCUGCUUCAGAAUUAA